AUGGGUGCGCUGGCCGAAUCUGUCCCCGAGCUCAGUGCCCAUCGACCGAAUUGCGUUGCUCCUCUCUUCGCCUCGUCGUCCCGAGCGUCAAGACCGCGCUUCCGACGCAUCGACAUCUGCUUUGUCCCUUUUCCCAAAUUUGCCGGCCGAGGCGGGAUACGGGCCAGACAAGGUGGACGCGUUCGUUGUCUCCUCCUGCCGACCAUUCGUUGGCCCGCUACCACCGCCAUCCACCGCCAACCACCCGCCGCAUCCUGCGAGCCUGCCGACACGCACGACGUCGAGCCCUUGAUGUGAACCCGAACCCGACUACGCUUUCUCGUCCCGGGUCGCUGCUCUACUCGCCACUCCCGUGCGCGCGGUGCUGCGGUGAGACCAUUGACCAAUUGAUGUCCGCAACAGUCGGGAAAUACCAUGGCCGCACGACAAGAAUUCAGCGCCCCGCGCAAGAAAGGGCUGAUGACCUACGGGAAAGCCUCGCGUAAGAGACAGCCGAAGGCCGCGUUCAAUCCCGUCUGGGAUACGGAUGAGCUAGAAGACGACCCGAUCCCCAAACCCAAGGCCACUGUGACGCACCGCCGGCCGACUCUCAUCUCGUCCCCGGUGCGCCAGCCCCCUUCGCCCUCUCGACGUGUCGAUGGAGUCGUGGAGGGGAAGGGAAGUACGAGUGGUCCUCAGAAGGGCGCGCAACCCUUGGAACGGAAGCGCAAGAUUUCCCAGGUCGACACGUCCAGGGGCCGAGCGCAGGAGGCUGCCCAGGCCGGUAAAAGCAGCCAGCCUCUUAAUCGGACACAACGUCGGCCGCGUCCAUCAGCACCUACUCGUGGUUCGGCUGUCAGCUCUGUAUCCAAAGAACGCGCCUGGUCGAUAACGUCGGAAUCUAUCGAGGCCGACGCGACCGAGACAAAACUAUCCAGCCCCCCUCUCACGCCAACGCUGCCAAACCCUCCGAGGCGCCUUAAGGCAGCCAGCGCCAACGACCCGGGAUCGUCGACAUCCACCAGCGCAAAUGCCGCCAGAGAAACGAAACGAGAAAGUGUUCGGAAACAGAUUGCCUUGCGCUUCGCUAGCGUAAAUACGGCAGCCCUGGAAACAUCUAGCGCGCCCUCCGCCGGAGCAGACGAGAAGAUCCAGCUCUCCCCCCCCUGGGUUCCCGAAAGAGUUUCCAAGAGGCGUAGAAAGCGGUUGAUCGAUGCCCUGGUGGAGCAAACGCAGGACGAGGCGGACGGAUCCAUCGACGAAGUUUUCGAAAGUCAAGCAACUCUGGAGCAGCCGGCCGCGAGCCAACAGGCCGGCGACGUGCCAACCAUGGAUUCUCAGACCCUCCCCCAGACGCCGAGCCGUAAAACCGCGACGAUGCAACUUACUGGCGCUAGGACCUUCGCGCGCUCCAACAGCGGCCUCAAGUUCACCUACGGCCAGGGUAGGAAGCUGCUGGAGGAGGAAGGCGACCUACUCGAAGCCCUCACGCUGCCCGGGGAAAUGUCGCUUCCUUUGAAAGGGAGGCGUCUAGAACUUGGGGCCCCAAUCAAGACGGCUGCUGCCAAGGGAGUCUUGGAUGACGAUGACCUCGUGGCCCAAGGUUCGCCUAACUCGAAACUGAGGAACAUUCACGAAUUGAGGCAGGCUGGAGCGAAUUCCCGGGUCGCUGACACGAUGCAGGAUCUGGCCGAUCAAAUAGGUACCCCAGGCAACGGGGCUUCCUCGUCUCGCAGAGCAGCAUUGCUACAAGUAGCAGAGAAGAUAAAGGAUCGGGACUUCAUGCGACAAUACCGCGAUCACGGCGUCGAGGCCGCGUUUCUGAAGGACAUGGGCAAGGAAUCCGAUCCGAUUUCCGGUUACCUUAUUUUAUCCAUCCUUGUAACGACGCUUGCAAAGUGGCCAUCGUCGCACAUUAACCAACUCGUCCGGCUCGAGAACCCCGCGAGCUUGUUCGCCCACUUUCUCGGGGUGCCGCGGGACAUGAAAUUCAUAGCGCGAGACCGGAGGAGCAACCUAUCUAAGAGAAGCCAGACCUCCGUUCUCGCCAUCCAAAGCUCCCUCCGCGAACUUCCGAUCUGGGAUGCGGCCAAGCCACCUUACGUGUCACCUAGGGGCAUCGCGCUCAAAUGCCUACACCUACUCAUCACGCAGGAUAUCAAUACCGCAAGAGAUCCUGCCAUCUUCUCUCCGGCCGUGAUCGAAGCUCUCUUCGCGGUGCUGUCUGAAGCGGCCGAAAAUACAGAUUAUUGGAGCUAUCCAGCAACUUCCGAGGCCAUCGAGUUUGCCCACGCUCUAUCGAUUCUCGACUUUUACGCCGUCAGCGUUGCCGAGUCGCAGCGCGCAAGCAGCGACUGGGCCGCUCGAUAUCUUCCCACCGUAGCCGACAUCUUCUCAACCUCCUCGGGAAAGGCGGUAUCCGAGGCCGCCGCCGAAGGGGGUGACGGAGCCAUGCUAGAAGGCGCCGUCCUGAAGCUCACCAUCAACCUAGCGAACAACAGCGCGGAGGCGCCAGAGAUAUUCGUAGCCAAGGGGUUGAUACCGGCGCUGGCGGAGUCUAUUACUAGUAACUUUGCCCGCAUCUGGGCCUCUUUAUCGCAGGACGCCUGGGUCGACGGGAUUCUGGACAGCUUGGUCCUGCGACUGGGCAUCCUGAUCAACUUUUCCGAACACAGCUCGCUCGUAAGGCAGGUCAUCAACGAUUGUCGUCACGAGGGCCAGCGGCCAGUGGAUGAACUGAUUCGGUUAUUCUUGGAAAACUACCGGAGGACAGCGGAGGCCGAUUCGAUGGAGACGAGCCACUUGAACGUCGCGUUCGGGUAUUUGUCGGUACUGUUAGGCUAUCUAGCUCUCUAUGCGCCGGUGAGACAGAAGAUACGUUCGGGCCAUUCUACCCGGAGCAUCGAGCCCCUCUUAGACUCGAUACGAGAGUUCAUCAUCCACCACCGGAAAGUGGAGAGCGCAGACGUGGGCGAGGAUGGCACGCAGGACCAAAGUGGUUACACAGAGCGACUCCAGGAUCUGGUGCACCGACUAGAGGACCAGGCAGCGCAUGAUUAACCCGGCUACGGCCUACGCCUAGAGCAACACCACAUGUCUCAACCCUAAAGGGCUAUAUGCACGAUUUACCGUUGGAAACUUUCGACUUGGCACGGGACACGAUCAGGCGAUUCUUGCAGAGUACGAGGAGGCGUUUAGUCCAUAUAAAGUGUUUCGAAGAGGGGGGGAGGGGUUGACGAAGAGACGUCUGCGACGGUCUAGCGAGCGUCCUCCCAGAUGGUCAAGAUUUUUGUGUGUUUGUGAGGGCAAAUACAAAAAAUACCCUUGAAGCAACUGCGCACAUGUGGCACAUGUGGCGGCCGUGACGGCCCAGGUAGGUUAGGAAAGGAGAUAGGUAGGUAUGGACUUCUGCAAGGCGUAGCACUUAUACCCAGGCAUGG